AUGAACCAAAUCAAAGUACAUGAUGCUGCACCACUGUUGUCCAAACGGAGUAUUGCAUGUGUGCCUUUCCACACUAAACCCGAGGGUGGUGCUGUCGCCGAAAGCCUAAUACCGUCAGGCAUUGUUCAGGUGUAUGCUAUUAUCAUUGGCGGACCAGGGUCGCAUAUUCGAGCAUAUGCAUCAGGUGAUCCAUUUUUGGUGAGUCCACGACCCCCACCACCAAUAGUAUGA